UCUUGUAUGAAGCGCCGUGCGGGUCUCUCUUGAGUCCUAAGGGUCGCACUAUACGCUUGGUUGCAAAAAUGAAUCUUUCACAUCGCUAUUUACUGUGCGCUGGAGUUCAUGCGGAUGAACAUUCCUCUUAGUUCUCCACGUCCGUUCCGGCAGCGGAUUGGGGUCUCGAAGUGAGACCGAUCAUGUCUGACUGAGAACUGGCCGCGAGUCAGCCAGGGUAAGUCUCGCAUUCCACGAUCUCUCUUCUCCUUCUCUUACGCCUCUGAUCCAAUUCUCACGCCGGAUGGAGCUCUCACAAUUUUUCGGCGCGAUCCUCGUCGGCUCAUGGCUCAACAAUGUGCUCUACGUCAUCGAGAUCGUUUCCGCUGUGGCGUACUUCUCGCGCACUCGAGGAGAAGGGACUGCGCCGACGAACAGAUGGUGGAUCCAAGGGAGCAUUGGGGUAUGUGUUGUGGUGGAUACGGCAGCGUUAGUAGCGACGCAUGCGGCGGUGUACUUGUACUGUGUCUCGCACUGGGGAGACAUCUCGUACCUCGCUGGUCAACACUGGCCCGUGCAAAUGAACGCUUUCACGAACGCCAUCAACGUGCUCGUCGGCCAGAAUCUGCUUAUCUUCCGAUGCUGGAGAGCCACGCGAAUGUGGUCGAUAUCGAUACUCUUGUGGCUUUUGUCGCUUCUGACAUUUGCAGCGACACUCAGUACCUUUGCGCUGUUAGUGGAAUCUGGCGAUCCCACAACGGCGGGGAAUUUCCUGACGCGCAUAGUAUUGUCUCUCGUCUCGGCCACAGUGACUGACAUUGGCAUUGCGGUCUGUCUAAUCGUUCAGCUCGUUAACAUACACUCCGCGUCAGAUUUCAACGGCACAAAAAGUAUCAUCCGUCGACUCAUUCUCAACGCGCUACGAACGGGCAUAAUCACUUCGAUUGGGGCGUCGAUUGCGCUGAUAUCGUUUCUCACCGACCGCGACUCGGGCAUCCCGUUUGUCUUCGGGUUCUGUUUCGGGCGGAUUUAUACGCUCACGGUGCUGUAUAACCUGCGCACCCAGUGGCAGAUAUCCGUCGACGAUAGCUCGGUCGUCAUGAGCUCUACGGAUCAGGGUGCAGCACGGACUGGUACUGAGUGCAGUAUCGAUGUUCACCACGAAAAGAUCGUGAGCGUGGAUUUCCGGCUGACGGAGCCACACCGAUGCUCGACUGAGGCGGAUGGCGAGUCUCUGGUUUCAGCGCAGGGCAUCUCCAGGUUCCGGUAUGGGCCCGAUGGCCGCCAGGACUAGCAUCGGUCCCAGUGGUCACAUUUGUAGACAUCAGUAGGGAAAGAUAUCGGCCACAUGGACAGCACAAGCUCGUGAGAAAGAGCUGGGUCAGAUGUCAGCUAGUCAAAUGCAAGCUUGGUCAGAAAUUUAAGCUUGUCAAAUAUUGGUUUGGUCAGAAAGGACCAGCUCGUGAAAUGAGCCUAGUCAG